AUGGCUAAGAAAGAGAAGAAUGUGGCAUGUGAGAGUGAGAGUGAAAGUGUGAGUGAGAGUGAAGAUGAAAGUGAUGAUGAUGAGAUCGAUCAACAUCUUGCACGCCUAAGCAAGAAAGACAAGUUGAUGGUGCUCAAGGUCAUAGAGAAAAUUGAAGAUGAAGAAGAAAAACUCCAUGAGCAAGAUGAGUUUGUCAUCAAAAAGAUCAAAUGGUUGGAGAAGUUGACCAAAGAGCAUGAAAAGCUUAAGUGCUCUCAUGCUAAAGAUGAGAAUGAUAUGCUCAAGGACAAAGUGGAGAGUCUCACUAGCAAGAAUGAGACUUUGCAAGAAAGUCAUGCAAGUCAACCUUCCAUUGAGCAUGUACUUGUAGAAACUUGUGAUGACUCCAUUACAAUAGAAAAUGAAGAGCUCAAGGAAGAGGUUGAGAGGCUAAGAAGGGAUUUGAUUCAAUGGGAAGGCAAGUGCAAUGCUCAACCUUCUCAAGAUAACCGUGAAGACAUGAUGAAGAAGCUUGAGAAGGGAUCAACUAAUGCAUGCAUCAAGCUCCAUCUAGAAGGCCACAAGUCAAACAAUGGCAAAGUCAAGGGACAAGCUAGAAAUGUGCAGUCUGUCCAAAAUGCAGCAGUUGUGCUCAAGGCUGUGAGGGUUCAUGAAUGUGGCAGUGCCGCAUCCCAGUGUGAUGGUGCUACACCUAGACAAAACAGGAAAGUCCCCAAGGUCACAAAGGUGCACUUUCAACCAAAGAAGACUCUCAUCACUUGCUUCAAGUGCAAGAAAGAGGGUCACCAUGUCAGAGAUUGCACUCUGAAGAAAGAAGAGAAGGGCAUGAGCAAGAUCCAAGAGAAGAACAAAAUGACUCAUGUCAAGUGCUCCAACAUGGGACACAAUGCCUCUAUGUGUUCCAGCAAGGCUAAUGACCAAGCAACACUUCCAAACAUGAAGAUAAGAAGAAGCAAGAGGAAGUGUUAUGGAUGUAAUAAGAAGGGUCAUGAAAUUGCAUCAUGCCCCUACAUGAGGGAUGAAGUCUUGGCAUCAUCAAGUAAGAGGCUUGUCAACAAGUUUACAUGA